AAACUAACAGAGAUAACAGACCGACAUGUUCGUUUAGAUAACAGAUAAAUAGCAAGAAACUUCAGCAUGUACUCAAAUAAAAGCGAGGGACCGCGCAGAGUGAGAUCUUUUGACUCAAUCAACCUUGGUCUGACAUUGGAAGAGAAGCAACUAAACAAUGAAAUGAGCAAAUCUGCCUUUACAAAGAUAGAGGAGAAUAAAGACAACAAAACCUUGUCUACAGAGAAGGGUCGGGCUGCUGUUGUGUUUUCUUUGAAAAAUGAAGUCGGUGGACUUGUCAAGGCACUAAAACUUUUCCAGGAAAACCACAUCAACCUUGUACACAUUGAGUCGAGAAAAUCAAAAAGACGUAACUCAGAAUUUGAGAUCUUCGUGGACUGCGAUAGUAACCGUGAACAGCUGUACGAGAUCAUUCAGUUGCUGAAGAAACACGUAAACGUGCUUGAGAAGGAUGCGCCGGACAACCGCUUGCCAGAAGAAAGUGAGAUGGAGAAUGUGCCAUGGUUUCCGCAGAAAAUUUCAGAUCUGGAUAAAUGUGCAAACCGUGUGCUGAUGUAUGGAUCAGAUCUGGAUGCCGAUCACCCGGGUUUCAAGGACAACGUCUAUCGCAAAAGGAGAAAGUACUUUGCAGACUUGGCCAUGAGCUACAAAUAUGGAGAUCCAAUUCCCCACAUUGAGUUCACAGAGGAGGAGGUGAAAACAUGGGGAGUUGUGUUUAGGGAGCUGAAUAAACUCUACCCCUCGCACGCCUGUCGUGAGUACCUGAAGAACCUACCACUGCUCACUAAACACUGUGACUUUCGCGAGGACAACAUCCCACAGCUGGAAGAUGUCUCACGCUUCCUCAAAGAGCGUACUGGCUUCACCAUCAGGCCUGUGGCUGGAUAUCUCUCCCCACGAGACUUCCUGGCGGGUUUAGCCUUCCGUGUGUUUCACUGUACUCAGUAUGUCAGACACAGCUCUGACCCCCUCUACACACCUGAGCCAGACACAUGCCAUGAGCUACUAGGACACGUCCCUCUUUUGGCUGAGCCAAGCUUCGCUCAGUUUAGUCAAGAGAUCGGUCUUGCAUCACUGGGGGCGUGUGAUGACUCCAUCCAGAAACUCGCCACUUGUUACUUCUUCACUGUGGAGUUUGGCCUCUGUAAACAAGAAGGGAAGCUGAGAGCAUAUGGAGCCGGUCUGCUGUCCUCCAUUAGCGAGCUGAAGCAUGCACUAUCAGGAAACUCCAGGAUCUUGCCCUUUGACCCCAAUGUGACAUGCAAACAGGAGUGCAUCAUCACAACCUUUCAGGAUGUCUACUUUGUUUCGGACACAUUUGAGGAAGCAAAAGUAAAAAUGAGGGAGUUUGCAAAGACCAUCAAGCGGCCAUUCUCAGUACGCUACAACUCGUACACACAAAGCGUGGAUGUUCUGAAGGACACAACCAGCAUCAACAAUGUGGUGGAGGAGCUAAGACACGAGUUGGAUAUCAUUGGAGAUGCACUCAACAGGUUAAACAAACAGUUAGGAGUCUGAAGAACCACAACAUCCAUUUUAUAAAAUACAUUUCAUGCCUAUUUCCUACUUCAUGUUUCUGUCACAAAUCUAAGGUCACUUGAUUCAUCACAGUUCUUCUCUCUCAAAUAAUGUAUGGCAUAACUAAUAUGUUUCAUCCUUGAUGAAAUGUACCUGCCAAAUGAACUAAAACCUCUGGUUAAUUUCUGUUGAUAUUAUUAGUCUGGCUCUUUCUUGUUAUGUUUAAUAUGUGGUUCUAUAUAACAACUGUACUAACUGCUUGCAAGUGGAAUUCCUCACAAAAAAAAAAAAAAAAAAUUCUACUUGCAAGGUGACCACAGAGAUUAAAUUCCAGCUAUGCAUGUGAUCUUUAGUCUGCAAAACUGGUGGCCGUAUAAGGUGAUAUGGGCCUAUUGGUGAUUUUAGUUUUGCAUUUAAGUAAUUUGUUUCAAUUUGACAUUGUAUGGCACCUUAUUACUGUCUUUUAGAAAAACAUAGAAUAUUAUUUUGCUUUUUACCCCCUAUGUGCACAGUAUUAUGAAACAAGUCAAAGUUUUGUAUCAUUGUGAGCCUAAUUCAAUGUAUUAUUCAGUGUAUCUCUCUCUUAUUUGUGAAUGGAUGUUUCUCUUCAAGCAUAGAAUAGGAUAUGGACAUUGACUUUUAUUAAAAAUUACAUGUAAAUACUGCACAUGGAAGAAUAUUUGUAAAUUCAUUUCAAACAUUUCAUUUCAAAAUAGCUUCUACAGGAGUAAUUAAUUUACUAUUCAGAAUGAAGAAAAUCUACUUAUCAGUUCAGGUUUAAGAUGUAGAGGAAUUUAUUGCUAAACAUAGUAUUUAUAUGCU